AUGGGCUUCUGGAAAUCCACCAUUCAAGAAGAUGACGAGGUGGAAGAUAUGAGCGAUAUUAAGCAACUCUACGCCGCCGGCUGCGGCGGUGACAACCGCACCCGGUGUCAUUGGAGCUGGAGAAUCCCUUUUAAAAUCUUUGCGACAAUCAUACUCAGUCUCCCCAUUCCGCUCUCCUUCCUCCUCCUUGCAAGACUAUCCGCCGUCCACUGUCUUUCCUUGUUGGUCAAUUCCAGCAGUUAUUAUCAGUUUCCGCCCGUGUUUUCCACUUUGCUCUUCAUAUACAACGGUAAGUCCAUCAUUCUCUACUCCCUCGUGGCCAUCGUUACCGUCGCGGCAUUCAUCCAGAGAUUGACCUCCAUCCGGUUCCCGUUAAACAUCGGGUCCCCGACUCCGGAACCACCCAUUUCCGGCCGCCACCCAACUUCUAAGCUAAUUGCAUGGUUUCUGCAUUUCAUGUUCCUAGUAUACGUCGUAGUUGGUACCGCAUGGAGCAUAUCCGCCGGGAUUAACGUCUCCGUUAUCGCGGAGGCGAGUUCUAACGAUGUCUACAUGUUCACUGCCAGAGCAUUGUUGUUCGUGGGCCUACAUGAAACCAUGUCGUUCUGGUCAAAGUACGUUGCCAAAACCGUCGUGGAGGACGGGGUCGGCGGCGGCGGAGGAGGUGGCGGUCGGUCGGUGGCGGAGAGGGUUGGUGUGGCUUUGACCUUGGGGGCAGUUUGGUGGUUCAAACUGAGGGACGAGGUGGAUUUCCUGAUGUUGGUGCCGGAGCUAAUUCUCAGGCCCAUACAACGACGGCGUGAUGUGGUGUUUGCGGUGAUCGGGGAGUUCGGUGGUUGGUGGCUGUAUGCAUUGACGUCGUUGAUCGGAAGCAUAAGAGUUUUGAAAGGAAUCAUUUGGGUCGUCUCCGCCGUGUUGACGUCAAGUCGUAGGAAGUUCGUCAUUGAAACGUCUUCUGAAUCCGUGCUUCGGCAGUCUUCUCGUCAUCAGCUCCCGCCGUUGGAGGAUGUGGUCUGAAAAGUUCAAAAAUUACAGAUUUAAUCGUCGAGUUACAUGUUGGAGGAAGACAUUGUAAAGGUCUUUUUUCUCUUUCUUUUCUGUUA